ACGUGGUGUCUGUAUACUUAAUUCGUGAAUCUCGCGAGAAUGUUUGGUUGCGGAAUGGAGUUAAACACUGCAUAGCGGUGCUCCUGGACUUCCGAAUAAUUUCACCCCCUCUCUACCAUUCUGAACAGAAUCCAAGUCUCCCAAAACACAAAGAACCUGCAAUCUGAGCCAAAAAAAAAAAACCCAAAGUUUCAUUGAUUUGGGUAGUCAAUGAUGGAAAAUUGGAGAAUCAGAAACAACUCGAGGUUUCACCUACCUCCCGGGAUAUUUUUCAGGAACGCCGACGAGGAUGGGGAGGAACGCUAUUGCGAAGACGCGCCAACAUAUCGAUGUUUCUCAUCCCCUGCCUUGGCAAAACUUCUCUUUGCCAUGAUUCUUCUCUCUAUUCUCUUCACCACAACCGUGCCAAGUUUCCAAACCUGGGAACUCGGACACUUGAGGCUGUGGAGGUGGCAACUCGUCGCCUUCUUUGCUUUUUACGGACGCUUUAUCUCCCGCGCCAUUACCAAUGGCGUCCUUCACGUAAUUGAAAACUCGAAUGAUGCGAGGCUAAAGGGCAAUCUCCCUCAUGCGUAUGCCGUGAAGAGAACCUUUGAGUAUCUUCUCUCGUUUGCCACAUUACUAACAGCCUGGAUUUUAUUGAUAGAAGACAUUCCCCUCAAGAAGCUCGGUAACAUAACAAAGAUACUGUCUUGUGUUGUUGUCUCGAUGUUCAUUUGGGGCUUCAAGAUCGUUGUAUGGAAGGUCGUGUCGAUUUCGUUUCACAGGCGAAACUAUUUGGAACAAAUCAAAGAGGCCGUCUUUUCCCUGUACAUCUUGCGUACCAUGUUAACUCCAUUGAAGGAUCCGAAUCAGAUGACAGAGGAGAGAGAGGUUAUCGUCGCUGCUGCCCCGAACAAUCGAAGGGGACACAAGCUUUUACAGGGCCGGAUUACCUUUUGUGAAUGGCGUCUCGUGAGCACAGACACCACGAAUGAUUGGGGAGUUUGGAAUAUGGUAAAUCUAGUAAGGAACGCAAAAGCAUUGGACGAAACGUUACGGCUGCUUCCCCAUCGCCGUUCUACCCGUCCUAACCUCAACACAUGGGAUGACAAAGCGAUGUCUGUAUCCGAAGAGAUAAUUAAGGUGGUCUCGAAAAGCGAAUCCAGAGAAAUUAGUCUUGAAGAACUAUCAUACUGCAUGCCGGAAGCGAUUGCUGAGGAAGCGUUGAAGCGGAUCGGAGCCACACAAGGAAAGUUUGGGAUAGAUGAGCUCUUCAUUUGGAUGAGUCGCACUUUUCAGCAGCACAAAGGGCUCGAGUUAUCGCUCAACGAUACUCAGCGUAUCUUGCAAGAUUUGCAUAGUGCCAUCGGCGUUGUUGUCUUGGCGAUAUUUUCAUUUGCUUGGCUCGUCAUACUGGACACUGUAUAUCUCCUCCCAAAAGACGAGGAAUCGGGACUCAUAUGCAUGUCUUACAUUUUCAUACUAUUUCUAGCUCUGGUGGUUGCCUACGUCUUUCACGUCGUAUGGGAGAAGGAUGGCGAUGGGGUUAGAUUCUUUUUCCGCCACCAAAUCCAAGUCGGGGAAACUUGCACCAUUGACGGGGAUACGAUGCAAGUGGAGGAGUUGAGCAUUUACUACACAGUUUUUCUGAACACGGUGGGCCACAAGAUGUUCUGUCCCAAUUUUAAGCUCCUGGCCGGGGAGGGAAAUUUUCGCUAGAGCUUGAAGUUUCCCAAUGCGAGAAGGGUGAUCGUCUGUGCCGAAAUCCUCUGUACUUCUAUAUUCAUGUAUUUUGGUCGUUAGAAUGUGUGACCAAAAAAAAUUUCAAAAAUUUUAUGUGAUCCAAUGGCUGACUAUGCAUUUUGGUAUAGAGGUAUAAAAAAAAUCCAGUAUGGAGGAUCCACCGUGCCAAAGUGACUACAAUUUGAUGUUUUGUUUCAACUGUUCGCUCAAACUAGAAUUCCUUGAUGUUUUGUUUUCCAUACUCGAUUAGUAAUGUUCCCUUUUUUAAUUUA